AUGGCGAAAAUCGGCUCCAAUGGAAAGGUUACAGACAGCACCAAGCAAGGUGGACUUGCAGCCGUCUACUAUUUUGGUUCGAUCUUUGGCUGCUUCACUGGCGGCUGGUUUGCCGACAAAUUUGGUCGUAAGAGAGGCGUCUUCGUCGGCUCUACCCUAUGUAUCAUAGGAGCCGCCUUGAUGUGUGGCAGUCAGAACGCAAAUAUGUUCAUUUGUGCUCGUGUCAUUGCAGGUCUUGGGAUUGGUUUCAUUAACGUUAUCAUCCCUCCCUGGGUGUCUGAGUUAUCCCAAGCUCAUGACCGUGGUGCGAGCUUCUCACUCGUGUUCUCCGCCAACUACGGUGGUAUUGCUAUCGCCUACUGGGUUAACUUUGGCAUUCGGAAUACUCCCAUCGAGUUCAGAUGGCGGUUCCCCCUCGGCCUCAUGGCCGUGCCCGUACUCAUCAUUUUCGUCGUCAUUACCUUCCUACCCGACUCUCCCAGAUGGCUUAUGGCAAAUGGCCGGGAAGAUGAAGCCGUCGAGGUUCUGUGCAAAGUCCGAGGCGAUCUUGCUCCCAACGACCCGAAAGUAAUGAAUGAGGUGGCGCAGCUCAAAGCGGUUGUCGAAGCAGGAUUCCACAAGCGAAACGACAUUUGGAAUAUGGCUAUCGGUCGCUAUUCAGGCCGUCUGCAUCUCGGUCGUCGUGUCUGGUUGGGGUUCUGGCUCCAGGAGAUCCAGCAGUGGACUGGUAUUUUGGCCAUCGCUUCAUGGGCUGGGACCUUGUUUUCUUUUGCAGGUUUCGAUGCGUAUAAGUCGGCGUGGUUGGCAGGUCUCGUCAACACCGUUGGUGUCAUCGGUACAGUGUCUUCAUCCCUCGUCAUCGAUCGUCUUGGACGGGUUCGGAGUCUGUUGAUCUCGUUCAUUGCCCAGGGCAUCUCUCUCUUCAUGGUGGCCGCAUUCAUCCGAACUGCAGAGAUUACAUCCGACCCGGAACGGUCUAGGAGAUUAGGUGUCGGCGCGGCAUGCAUGGUCUUCAUCUUCCUGUUCCUCUUCACCCUGUUCAACAUCAUCCCCUGCUGGCUUUACGGGUCCGAGAUCCAGCCGCAAGAGGUGCGCGCCCGCGGAUACUCCUUCACGAUCCUGGGCUGGGCUGUCGGCUGCGGCAUGAACACCUUCGUCAUCCCCAUCAUGCUGAACCGCCUCGGCUGGAAGACCUUCAUCAUCUUCGGCGUCUUCAACAUCCUCGCCCUCCCCGUCAUCUACUUCCUCUACCCCGAGGUGGCCGGCCGAAGCCUCGAGGAGAUCAACCUGCUCUUCACAUCCAACUCGCUCCUCGCCCAGAAGAACGUCGCUCGCUACCACCGUCUGAUCGACGAGGCCGGCGGCAACGUCGCCGUCGCCGCGCGUCGUUUCUUAGAUAGCGUCGAUGCAGAGUACAACCAGUCCCUCGAAACCGGCGUCAUCGUCGAGGAGGAAGAGGGGAAGACAGACUCCGGCCACGUGGAAGAGAAAUCCGCUAGCUCGUUCGAAGCGAGUAAUCUUCGUGCGGAAAGGUUGAAAAGAUGA